GCCCUGAGCUGGUGGAGUUUCCUUUGCAUGAAAAUAACAAAGGAUAUGAAGGAAACAGAGGAAGAGGUGGGAGUGUAAACUAGGGAGAAUAGGAGAAUAAGAGGGGCAAAAGAGACUAGGAAAAAGAGAGAGAGAUGGCUGUAUAUACUUAAUAUUAGACAUACUGGGACUACAGAAAAAAGAGAAACUACAAAAAGAAAAUGGAAACAAAAUGCUGCAUGUAAAAAAGACAACAAUAUGGGAUUGCGAGAAGGAAGAAGGCAAAGAGUUAUUUAUGCAUUUAUUGCAUGAAAUACAAGAGAGGAGACCAAGAGCAAAGAAGAAAAGAGAAGGGGAGGAAAAAAAGAUACAAACCGCGAAACGUACAUUACUGAGCAGAAUGGAUCAGCAGCCAAAAAAGGGAAAGAAGGCCUUGGUUUCUCCUAUUAAACGUUUAGUGUUCCCAAAAUCUGCUCGGCGCACAGCAGUCAGGGGCACAAGUUACAGGCGCCCUCUACACUCUGUACCUGUAAUGCCCCCUGACUAUUUAUUAGACCCUCAAAUCCUAUUGCAUGAUUAUGUUGAGAAGGAAGUAAAGUUCUUAGGUCACCUGAGCUGGGUGGUGUCCUCUCUCAAUCCAUCAAGUCGUGAUGAAAUACUGCAGCUUCUUGAUAAAGCCAGGCAGCUAAAGGAGCUCCCUCUGCACUGCACUCCAGAACAGGACAGCAUCCUCAGUAUGUCUGCUCGGAGCCUCCUGCUGACCUGGAGAGAUAAUGAGGAGCUGAUCCUGCGUAUUCCAACACACGAGAUUGCUGCGGCCUCUUAUGUUCGGGAUGAUGCUCUUCACCUGCUCGUCCUCAAAACAGGUCUUGGACUGGAUCCAGUACCUGCUGCUAGCAGUUUAGAAAGGAAACCACCAGUUGGGCCAACUGAGAAAGCUCCGGGAGGAGUUCCCAAGCCAUUGGGAGGUGCUAUGGAGCGUCGGCACACCAUUUGCAGCUUGGACUGGAAGAUGUCUCAUGGCUCCCCAGAUGGAUGUGUUAAGGGAGGGGGCAGCCUGGAAAGGAAGCAAAUGAGUGGCAGCUUGGAGAAGCAGCGUGGAGGCCGUGCAUGUGGCAGCUGGGAGAGAAGAAUGACAUUCAGUAGCAGCUGGGAGAGGCGACAGCCCUGUGGGGGCAGUUGGGAGAGAAGGCAGGUUGGAGGGGGCAGUUGGGAGAGACGACAGCCCAGUGGUGGAAGCUGGGAGAAAAGACAGCCAUGCGGGGGAAGUUGGGAAAAGCGCCAACCCUGUGGGGGCAGUUGGGAGAAGCGCCAACCAUGUGGGGGCAGCUGGGAGAGAUGGCAGCCUGGUGGAGGCAGUUGGGAAAGGAGACAUGGGGGGUACAACCCUUUGGAUCCCAAGGAACCAAGACCAGAUGCUUAUUGUAAUCUGAUAAUCCUGGCUGUAGAUAACAGGGAUGCUGCAGAAGAAUCGUGCGCACUCAUCUGUCAGGUUUUCCAGAUUAUUUAUGGAGACCACAGCAUUGACUGUAUAGACCGAGCCGGCUACCAUUACACAUCUCCUCCUGAGAGACCUUACCUGUGCCGCUGUGACAGCUCGCACACAGAUGGUUCCUAUGCAUAUGAGGCAGAGUUCAGCUGCUGUAGCUCUUUUAAUGGAUCCCAUGAUGCAUUUGAAGUGAAUUACAGUGGAACGUCUUCACCUUCUUUUGCUAUGUCCGAGCAGAGCCUGGUAACAGCCAGCAGUGACAAUGAGCAGUGCGCUGCUACUCUAGAGCAGCUGCAGGAUUACAUGAUAACUUUGAGGAAUAAGCUCACUCUUUCGGAAAUUCAGCGUUUUGCUUACCUUCUGCGUGAGUAUCGCCUGGGGAUGGAGGUGCAGGAAUACUGCAGGGAGCUCCUACACUUGUAUGGGGAGAAAAGGAAAUUACUUCUACAGGGUUUGAGGCCCUUCAUCCCUGACCAGGACAUUGGAUACUUUGAAAGUUUUCUAGAAAACAUAGGAAUCCGUGACGGAGGUAUUUUGACUGAUAGCUUUGGGAGAAUAAAACGCAGUAUGAGCAAUACUUCAGCUUCAGCCCUCCGCAGCUACGACAGUUGUUCUCCAGACUCCCAAUCAAAAUGCUUUAACCGCAUGAUCACAGACAUCACACAUAAUAUUGAAGCUCUGGCGCAGGAUGAUGAUGACUUCCUGUGAGUUUUCUUUGGAGACUUCACGGACCUGUAUGUAGCAAGAUGCUGCCCUGUGAGAGAAAGUUCAUUCAACAUUUAAAAAAGUGGACUCAUACAUAAAGACUUAUUUAGAAGAGAACUGGAAUAAAAUUUAUUGGCAUUAGAGUCAGAUUUGUAUAUAGGCGUCAGAAAUAAAACUCUGAAUUGCAAAAUAUAUAAAUACAACAUUUAAAACUGUC